AUGAAUGUUAUGGACAUUAGAGGUAGGAAAAUGAAAAAGCCACCUGCCUGCGUGCAGUGUCGCAAGCGUAAAAUUGGUUGUGAUCGUGUUAAACCGAUUUGUAGUAAUUGUCAAAAGAAUGGUAAGAGUGAUUGUUUUUAUCCUGAUGUUCCUGGACAAUACGUCGUAUCAAAUUCAGCAUCACAAAAUGUCAAUGGUUCAAGAGAUAGUAACGUUAUUGAUGUACCUCACAAUCCGGAACUGGCGUCCAUGGAACAGAUACGAGAGUACAAUACCAGAUUACAACUGUUGAAUGCACAGCAUCAACAACAUAGAAAUUCACCUGGUCCUGCUGAACCUGCACAGUUUAUUCCAAGAACUGUUCAAACUUUCGAGAAUAAACCGGUAAGUUCCGCAAAUGGAUCUGCUAUGCAUUUGAAUUGGGUUCAAGGACCUGCCAUAUUUGACAUUAUGACUUCACCAUAUACACAAGAAGAAGUCUUGUGGAAGGAAAUGGAUUUCUUAAAGUCGAGAUUGUUGGAAUUACAAGAGAUUACUGGUAAAAAAGUUGAUGUAGAUUUAAGGAUAGAUCAUAGGAAACAAGGUGGUGUUGGCGGUACUAGCCAAAGUACUGCUGGUGGUGUUGAUGAUGAUGAUGAUGACGAUGAUGAUGUAGAUCAACCAACAUCCGUUAAAAGAUUGAAACCAAUGAUGGAUGGCUACCGGUCGAUCAAUGAAUUUAGAGAUUUGGAUCCACAGUUUUUAGAUGCUAAAGCUAUUUUCGGAGUUUUCCACAACAAGGAUAACGACCUUUUAUCGACAUUGAAUCCAAUGACAGAUACACCAAAUAGCGUUUUUAACGUGCCGUUUCUUGUGGUGAGAGAUGGAUACAUUGCACAAUUUUAUGGGAAGUUUAACAAUGUUUCCAAGACCAACUUUAACGAUUUGAUGUCACAAUGGAGACAUGAUAGAAAGGUUGGUAUGCCAUUGUAUCCAAAAGGGGACUCGCAGUUAAGAUUUCCUAAUAGAUCUUUGACUCAAGAAAUCAUUACCAAAUACAUUACUACAGUAACAGACAAUAGUUCGUUGGUACCUAUCUUAAAACCAAAGGAUCUUUUACAAACUGUUGAAUUGUUAUUUGGUAGAGAAUCCAUUUUUGGUCCUAGCAAAUUAGAACUACCACAAUUGGUCUCGUUGGGACAAGUGGCCCUUUGUCUUUUGCUUACUUAUGAAACGUUGGCCUCCUCAGUCUUAAUUCCAUUACGUGAUGAACAAUUGACCAUGUUUACCCAAUUGAAAGACUGGACUCCAACUUUAAGGGCUAACGUACACCUUGUCCGUUCUGAAUUGGACAGGCGAACGGAUUCUUCGCGUUCAGUAGAUGUGUUAAGAUUUGUGGCUCUUUGGAAAUAUUAUGAAACCGUUACUGAUUCGUGCGAUAAUGAAAUCUUUGAUGGUGAUGAGGAUGUACAUAUGGCAAGACAUCUGUCCAUUAACCAUGAAUCUCAAAAUCAAUUGUUAAUUCUAUUGUGGAACUUUAUCUAUAGAAAUUACUGUUGGAGACAUUUGUUUAAGGGAGAGAUACCGGCAAUGGCAGCUGGUUCUGAGCUAAAUUCUAUGACUGUGAUAGAUCCUCUGUUGAACAAUGACAUCUCCUUAAUCAAUUUUCAAAUUGACAUGGUCAAAUAUCUACAUACUAGAGAUUCGGUCAUGUCAUUGGUUAAAGUACUUGGGUUGAAAGACCUGUUCAGAGUAAAGUUGCACGAACAGAAUAAGAAAUGCUACACUACAGCAGCUAUUAUCAAUGGUGUGGUGGAUUCUCUAAUAUACCACAAUUCGAUGCUAUUCAUCGACUACUAUUUGUUGAUGCAAUAUGAAAGUUUGAAAGAAAUUGAAAAAUUUACCGAGUGUUACAGAGAGUUUUUGCAACUGGUCCAAGAAACUUUGUUUUACGUUUUUUCAAAUUUGGCCAAUUUGAAAUUUGCAGGUUAUGAGUUCAUGUUUGCUAAUAAAUCAUUUGCUACAUUGAAUAAUAUCUGCCAUAUGAUAUUGGGGCUUUACGAACGUUGUCACCAAUCAACCCAAGGUUAUAUGUCUUCAGAUGAUAAUUUAAAGACUGAGAUUGGUCAACAAGGUGAAACUUUAACCCUUUUACUGAGGAAAAUUCUCAUGUUGUUACAAGAUUAUUCGAAAAAUCGUAAAGUUGCCAGUACGCAAAUUAACAAAUUGAUCUGCAAGAUAAGAACAAUUUUAGAAUAUACUGCCUUGUGCGCAAAACCUCUGCAAACUACUUUGGAUCAAAAUCAUACGGAAUCCAUCCUACCACCAAAGGGUAUUAACGCUUUUGAAAAUAUGGAUUCUUCAAGCAUGCUAAAGAUUGUUAAUAAAUUACGUGGAAUCUCUGAAUCUCUAAUAAAAUCAGAUUUUUACGGUCAAAGGAAACCAUUUGAAAUUGCCCAUCCUGAUACUUUGGGUAUAACGAGGGAAAACUUCCAAACGGUUUUCAACUCAUUUUACUCCUAA